UUCUACUAUUUUUUUUUGUAUAUAUUUCAUUUGUGGUAUUCUAAAAAUGGCGUUUCUCAUAGUUUUUAUCCUGUUUUCCUUUCAUUCACUAUGCUCUUUCGUUGGAUAGAUACUUAGAUGAUUGUGAAUCGUGAAAAGAAUUAUUAUAGUGAUCAAAGUAAUUUUUUGUCACAUAAAUUUUUAAAAUUAAAAUUAUUAUUUUUGAAUUUUAUUCGUUAAAUAUUAUCAGAAAAUAUAAAAAUAUCUUACAAAUUUUUUAUUCUUAAAAUUAAAAUUUAACCUAAAACUAUCUAGUUAUCGUAAUAUGAAAAAUGAUAUUUUUUAUAAAAAAUUGAAAUAAUAAAAUUUAUUAAAAAUGGCUAAAAGAAAGAGUUUAAACAGGCGUUCAUCCAGAUAUAGUUCUACAAUUUUAAAUUCUAAUUCUGAUAUUUCGAGUGAUGAAUAUACUACUACUGAUUGGUGGAAAAAUUUGGAAGAUAAUACAAUCCGACCCUCCAUAGCUUCGAAUAUAUUAAAUCAAACAAGCCGUCAAUUAGAUUCUAACUCUCAAAUAAAAACAAGUCAAGUUACAGAUGGAUGGUGGAAAGCACUUGAAGUUACAAAUAUAUCAAAUUCCUCAAAAGUGAAUGAAAAUAUUGUAACUAAAGAAUCAAUUAACAAUGUAUUAACAUCUGAAUCUGAAGAAGAAUCAAAAAUUGUAAAAAGAAAGUAUUUUUUACGUUCAAAAAUAAGGAGAAGCGAAGAUAAUAUUUUUUUACAUGCUUUAAAUAAUUCUAUAACUACAUCUGAAUUUACACAAAAAACUGGAAAAGAAAGUUCAAUAAACAAAUCUGCAUUGAGUAAUAAAAUAGAUCUUAAUGCCGAACAAUCAAAUGAAAUACAAGUAAGUAAUUUGAGCGAUAGUCUAAACACUAAUGAUAUUUUAAAGAUGAAACCUAAUAUUUUUAAGAAAAAUAACAAAAAUCAAAAUAACAAUAUAUUUGUUAAUGUAUUAAAAAAAAAUCAAUUAGAAACACCAUUGAAAAGAAAAUCUUCAAAAAUAUCUUCUGAUAAUGAAGAUCGAGCACAAACAUCCACAGAAUAUUUAGUUCCUAUAGUGACCGAAACUUCAGAGUCUAAUGAAAUAUUACAAAAUCAAAUUUCAUUAUCAUUUAAUAACGAACAUAAUUUCUCUCAUUUCCCAAUACCAAAAGCACAGAGUACAAUACUUGAAGGUACUAGUUCAUUUAUACAUAAUAAUAAUAAAGAAAGUAACAAUAGUGAUACAAAUUCUGAAAUACUUAAACCAAAAUCUAAGUUAUUAACACGUCAUUAUAAGAAUGUAAAGGAAAAUCUAUUUGAAAAUAUUUUUGAAAAGCAAGAAACCAUUAAUAAAAUUUCUGAAAAUACAGUGGCUGAUGAUGCAGAACGUAUAUUGAAUUCAUCGGAAAUUUCUGAAGCAAAAACUGAUAAAUCAAUUACAUCGAAUAAUAUCACGUCAGAUACAAAUCAUGAUCUUUCUAAAGUUCGUAAAUCAAAAUCCAAAUUUUUAAAAAAAUUAAGAAAAAAUCAAAAAAGGAAUCUUUUUCAAGACAUAUUUGAGAAAAAUGACGAUACAUUAUCCACAUUAAAACAUUCAUUACAUCUAUCAGAAGAAGAAAAUUUAUAUUCAUCUACACAAGACAAAAAUAAACGAAUUGUAAAUAGACAAGAAAACGAAUUAAUAGAUUUUCAUUUAAGAAUGUCAGAUGAAGACGAUAAUACAAAUGUUAUUAAUAUAUCGGCAAAACCCAUACAAUCGAAACAAUCUAUCGAUAAAUCUAAAACCAAAAAUAUAGAAGAUAUUCCUAAGAGAAAAUCUAAGAAUUUACAUAAUUCAGAAAGAGAAAUCGAAGAUAUUGCGAAAAACAAGAACUUGAAUAAUAUAAAAAAAAAAUUAUCUUUGGUAAAAAAAGCAAAAAUUGAUUCAUCUGAAAAUAAGAAUAUACGAAGAAGUAGUCGUUUACAUAAAUUGCAUAAUCCUUCAAUUUCUCCGUCUGUGAGUAGAAUUGAACAAGAAGAAGUUAAAAAUACAACGCAACGGAUUUCUAAGACUUUAAAUAAAAUACAAGAAGUGGAUAAAAUCGGAGAAAAUAUAAUUGAAGAUGGAGAAGACACAACGAAAAGCAAUAAUCCAAAUAAAUCGCAAAAAUCGAUGCAUAAGUAUUUGAAAAAACAAAACGAAAGUUUCGACGAAAUUUACAAAAAAUCAGAUUUAGAAGAUUCCACCUCUAAAAUUAAUAUAGAAAUCGAGAAAAAUCAUCAAAACGAAGCAUUAAAUAAAUCUGAAGAUUCAAUGUCAUCAGUAAUCAGAAGAAAUAUUAAAGAUAUUUCAAAAGAACCGAGAAAUUCGAACAAAUUGCAAAAAAAAUCAAUGGAUACAUAUUCAAAGAGACAAAGCAAAAUAUUUCAUGAAUCAGAUUUAUCUAAUACUUCUGAAAUUGAAUUGGAAGAAAUUGAAAAGAAAUCGAUAAAAAUAACGAAUGUAAACGCGUCAUUCUUGCUUGAUAAUGAGAAACAAAAAAUUGAGAAAAAUCAUGACAAAUCAUUAAAUAAAUCUACAGAUUUAAUAUCAUCGGUGAUCGGAACGUAUGUCGAAGAUAAUAAUAUUUCAAAAAAACAAGGAAACGAUUUCUCGAAUAAAUUACAGAAGGAAUCGGUGGAUACGUAUUCGAAGACACAAAACAAAAUUUUCGAUGAAUCAGAUUUAUCCACUACUUUUGAAAUUGAAUCAGAUGAAUUUGAAAAAAAAUCAACAAAAAAAACAUCUAUUGCAAAUAUGUCAUCCUUGUCCGAUAAUGAGAAGCAAACAAUUGAGAAAAAUCGUAAUAACGAAGAAUCAGAUAAAUCUAAAAAUUUAAUGUCAUCGGUGAUUAAAAAGCACAUUGAAGAUAGAAAUAUUUCAAAAGAACAGAAAAGCAAUCGCUUAAGCAAAUUGCAGAACGAAUCGGUGGAUACGUAUUUAAAGAGACAAAGCAAAAUUUUUAAUGAAUCAAACUUACCUAUUACUUCUGAAUCGAAAGAAAUUGAGAACAAAUCAAAACGAGAAUCCAUUGCAAACGCAUCAUUUUUGUUUGAUAAUAAGAAGCAAAAAGUUGGAGAAAAUGAUAAAGUAGAGAAUAAAACUACAAAUUUUAUAUCAACGGUGACUGGAUCUCGUAUUGACAAAGAUAGCAAUGUUUCAAAGGGGCAAAGGAGUAUUAGAAACUUUUUGACACCGAAUGAUGCAUUGCCGGCAUCGCAGAUUCUUUGCGAUGAAGAAAAAGUAAAAGAAAUAAGACGAGAAUUAGAAAAAGUGAAAGAAAAGGAAAUGGCUAGCAUGGGAACGAAUAAGGUGAAAUUUGAAGAAAAGUCAUUUUUCCAAGGAAGAAAAAAAGAGUUUGGAAGAGGUAAAAAGUUGCAAACAUUACAAAAGCGAGAUCGUUCAACGAAACAAAUUCAUAGAGCUUUCUUGGUGAAUGGGCAGAAAUAUAAACCUCCCCGACUACCUCGUCCUCAACCGUGGAUCACUGAUCGUCUUUAUAAAUAUUUGUGGAAAUAUAUGGAACCGAGAUUUAAAUUGGAAACAAGAUUGGUUUCCGAAAAAUUUAUACAUCAAUUAUCCAAUGUAACGAAGUUUAUUAUGAAGUGUAAAUCGUAUUUAGAUUAUGAAAACGAAUUGUACGCUUUAAUGAAAGAAAUGGCACGUCUCGGUAUUAUUUCUACACGGAACGAUUUUUAUCAUUUUUGCCAGGAUUUCUUUCUGUAUGAACUUCGCGUUAAAAUAGUGCCAAUGUUAUUACCAGGCAACAAGAAAAAUAUACCAUAUGAUGCGAAUAAGUUAAACGAGCCUCUUCUUGACUCUUAAAAUUUUAUUAUUUGUUGAUAUACGUAUCAUCAAAUAAUAAAUUUUUUUUUUAUAUUUUAUAAAAAAAUAUGAAAUUUUUUAUUAUUAUGGUUACGAUUUAUCGGAAUGUAUACAUUGUGGAAUAUGAUAAAUAAGUUAUUUUUUUAUGUUUAAAAA